AUGGAAAGCAGACCGAACCCACCACCUGCGUCGGCGCCAUCUAGGCUCGUUGGACCACACAAAAUGUCGUCAUUGCAACGAGCUGCAGGUGCCUCAGCGUCACAUCGAAAUGCAAAGUAUAGGUCAUCAGCAUUAUCGAAAAAAAAGAAAACGAGUUACACCAUUGGAGGUUCAUCCACCCUUGAAGCCAAAACAACUACUUCAAGCUCUUACUCGAAUGAUCCCCCUUUGAAAUCUCAGGAUGGGAUGGAAUCACGCACGCAACAACAGCAUUCCCACAACUAUACUGUGGGUAACCCCCAGCAUGAACAAGAUGCCCCGUCUCACAAUGGGGCGUAUCAGAAAACAGUUGAAAAUGACCACAUGAUGGAAGACGAUCCCAUGUCUCCUUACAAUCAGAACAACAACAACCAUGGUUACAACCACGGAAAUUCAUCGCAUCAAUACCAUCGCCAACCUAUUCCUCAUGCUAGUCUAGGCCCGCUGUCCCCCACUCCUGAACCUCCAACCUCCUUUAUUAUUGGUGGCAGCAGUCCCAUUCCACCAUCGCACCAAUAUCAACAACAACCAAUUCCGCAUCCAAGUCAGCCCAUCUCCGCACCUCCAACGUACUAUGGAGACAGCAGUCCAUUGCCACCAUUGCACCACUAUCAGCAACAGCCUAUUCCGUAUUCAAGCCCCGGUCCGAUUCCACCCGCUCCUGCAACUCAAACGUCUUAUGCUAUUGGUGGCAGCAGCCCCGCUUCACAGUCUCGACCACAAAGCGUGGAAAAAAUGGAAGGCGUGCAAGAUCAUGGCAGCAAAACGCCACUUGUCGUUCUGGACGGAGCCAAUGUUGCUCAUUAUUAUGCGGAUGCUUUGGCGGCCAUGAACACAACCUUUAGCGACAAGAGUCGUCGCAGAGGCAAACCAGAACCAGAUACUCGUGGCAUUCAAGUGGCCACAGAUUAUUUUCUAUCGGUAGGCGUUCGUGUUUUAGUGGUUUUGCCGCAAUACUGGAUGCGCAAGAAACCAAGGCCAGGUGAUACUAGUAGCCAGAAUGCAAUGAUGGACACCAAUCAAAUGGAUAUUUUGAAAGAUUUGAAUGACAAGGGUUUAAUUGUGGCAUCGCCUCCAGCCGAUGAUGACGAUGCUUAUGCUUUGACGAUUGCCAAACGAGAAGAAAUGAGGGCUGUUCGACAACGGAACGGUGAAGGGCCAGGAUUUGUUUUGAGUAAUGACAUGUUCCGUGAUGCACAAGCGCGUGAUCCUACUGGAGUCAUGAAAGAGUGGUUGAAGGAAGGAAGAAAUGAGACCAUUGGACCAGGAAGAAUUUCAUACGCUUUUUGUGACAUGGGUACAAUGGAUGAUCAUGGAGACCGAAUCUUGGAUUUUGUGCCGAAUCCUAGGCAUCCCUUGGUGAUUUACGUGGAGGGGCUGCAUCAUCAGACCAUUUUGAAUAGAUAA